GUUAAUAAAAAUGCCCAAAUGACAUCAAAGAAUUCCGUAUCUGCAUCUGGCAUUGGCAUCGGUUCAAAUAUGAAUGGUGAACGCAAACGCUGGAUACACGAUCCAACAAGCGAUCUCUGCCGUCCAUUAAGCUGUAAAAAACGUGAAAUAUGCCUGCUGGAAAAUGAAUACAGUGCAGUUUGUGUAUCGAAAAAGGAACUGCACAAAAAUCGUGAUGAAAUUAUCACAAAGUCCAAAUAUUUGGAAGAACAAGCGAAGCGUAGAGCUGCUGCCAUAGCAGCGGCUAAUCACAAUGAUAAUGCCCGUAUCAAUGAUAAUGGCAACAGCAAUAACAACCUCAUAAAUAUCAACAACAACAAUCACGAUACGGAUGAUGACGAUGACAACGAAGAUGAUGAAGAUGAUAUGGACAUCAGUAAUGGUGAUGAUAAUAAUGUGGAUAUUUUAUCGGGAAAUGAGGAGAAGAACUACAACAGCCUCAAUUCGAAUUUAAAUCUGAUGGGCGGUGGCAGUGGCGGUAUCAAGACAAGUUCAAGUCUUAAGAAUUCAAAUGGCAAUAGCAAAAAUCUCUUAAAGAACGAACCGAACAACGAUGAUAACGAGUCCAAAGAGGACGAUAAAUAA